AUGUCCAACAGCAGCUCCUUCAAUGAGUUCCUCCUCCUGGCAUUUGCGGACACGCCAGAGCUGCAGCUCUUGCACUUUGUGCUGUUCCUGGGCAUCUACCUGGCUGCCCUCCUGGGCAAUGGCCUCAUCAUCACAGCCGCAGCCUGUGACCACCACCUCCACACCCCCAUGUACUUCUUCCUCCUCAACCUCUCUCUUCUGGACAUUGGUACAAUCUCCACCACUGUCCCCAAAUCCAUGGCUAGUUCUCUGUGGGACAUCAGGGCCAUUUCCUACUCAGAAUGUGCAUCCCAGGUCUUUAUUUUUGUCAUUUUCAUUUCAGCCGAGUAUUCUCUCCUCACUGUCAUGGCCUAUGACCGCUACAUUGCUAUCUGCAAACCCCUGCACUAUGGGACCCUCAUGGGCAGGAGAGUCUGUGUCAGAAUGGCAGCAGCUGCCUGGGCCAGUGGGUUUCUCUGUGCUGUCCUACACAUUUCUAAUACAUUUUCACUACCCCUCUGCCAAGGCAAUGUAGUAGAACAAUUCUUCUGUGAAAUUCCCCAUAUCCUCAAGCUCUCCUGCUCAGAUUCCUACAUCAGGAAAUCUGGAAUUCUUGUGGUUACUGUUGGAUUAGCUUUGGGAUGUUUCAUUUUCAUUGUGCUGUCCUACGUGCAGAUCUUCACUGUUGUGCUGAGGAUCCCCUCUGAGCAGGGCCGGCACAAAGCCUUUUCCAUGUGCCUCCCUCACCUGGCCGUGGUCUCCCUGUUCAUCAGCACUGGCACAUUUGCCUAUCUGAAAUCGCCCUCCCUCUCCUCCUCAACUCUGGAUCUGGUGUUGGCUGUUCUGUAUGUGGUAAUGCCUCCAACAUUGAACCCCCUCAUCUACAGCAUGAGGAACAAGGAGCUGCAGGAGGCCCUGAGGAAAUUGGUUCAAUGGGUUCAGUGUCAGCACCAAUAA